UCACCAGUCACUGCCACAAGGAUCCAUGGUCUCUCUGAGGAGGGGAACUGUCUGCACUCAUGGAGAAACAAGGAGGAAAUGGAUGUAAACGUCAAGUUGUGGUCGAGAGCCCUGUACGACCACUGCGGUCUCUGGUGCGGCCGUGUUUCAUCUUCCUCCUCUUCCUGUCCACGGUCAUCAUGAUCAUCCUCUUAGGUUGUCCUGACAGAUUCUCCCAGACAGACUGGUGGAAAAACCUAUCACUGUAUACAUACUACCAUAGAUGGACCAACCCCGACCGCCCCCUUGGACCACCCUCAACCACCAUACGUCCGCUACCAACCAAUCACUACCACUUUGGCUACCCUCGUAACUACCACUUCAUCGUAGAUGAACCAGACAAGUGUAAUAACCAGACCCCGUUCCUGGUGCUGAUAGUCCCCGUGGCGCCCGGUAACCUGGCCGCCAGGGACGCCAUCCGCAGGACGUGGGGUAAUGAGACCCUGGUGCAGGGGAAGAAGGUACAGACUCUAUUCAUGCUAGGACUUCCUGGAGGACCAGUUGCCCAGGAGCUGCAGGAGAAGGUGAACCAGGAGAGCCAAGUGCAUCAUGAUCUACUCCAGAGCAACUUCCUGGACUCUUACCUCAACCUCACCAUUAAGACCAUGGUGAUUAUGGACUGGCUGGCCACCCACUGCACCAAUGCCACCUACGCCAUGAAGAUCGACUCAGACAUGUUCCUGAACGUAGAGAACCUGAUGACUAUGUUGCUGAGACCGGACGUCCCCAAGGUGAACUACCUGACGGGGAUGCUGAUGUGGAAUCGACCGGUCAUCCGGAACCCCAACUCCAAAUGGUAUGUUCCGGUGGAGAUGUUAGCUGACGACCGAUACCCGACCUACACACUUGGUAUGGGAUACGUCUUCUCCAACGACCUGCCGGAGAGGUUCGUGGCGGUAUCCAAGGACAUCAAGCCUUUUAAUAUAGAAGACGCCUAUGUUGGCGCCUGUAUGAAGAAACUGGGCCUCUCGCCCACAAACUCACCAGAUCCUUGGCAAUGGAAGGCCUAUCUCGGCAAGUACAAUCGCUGUGAAUUUUCCAAAGUCAUCACCUAUAUUUUGAGCCACUCGUCCCAGAUAGUGGAAUACUGGAUGGACCUGAAGAACACACAUGGUUCACCCUGUCACUGAUCUAGUGUCCAUUUGGUAUUUUUCAUCCUAAAGGUCGAGUCUAAGUCUUUAGGUAGCCAAACAGAUAUAUAUACCUGUAUAUAUUGAUGAAAGAAACACAGCUGUAGCUCUGCCACCUUCCACCUCAGAUGUGGAAGGCUGACAUCGGUGCAUGUGGUGGAUUGAGAUGCAGCCCAUGUAAUAAAGCAGAUAUCUCCAGCUUAAACAGACCGAUGGGAAUUUUUAUGUUACGCGUAUUCAAUUUCCGCGCGGACAUUGACUCUGGUACUAGUACUAAGUUUCAGGGACUCUAUCCGUGUCCGAGGGGCAGGUAGCUGAGCGGCUAGGGUUGUACCAGUAACUGAAAGGUUGCUAGUUCAAAUCCCCUAACAGACAAGGUGAAAAAUAUCUGUCGAUGUGCCCUUGAGCAAGGCACUUAACCCUAAUUUCUUCAAUGUUGAUAAUGACUGACCUUGGCUGUAACCCCAUUCUUGGGGGGAGUUGAGAUAUGCAAAGAAAAGGCACCUGGGGCACCUGGUUAGGACUCAAUUACCCAUAAUGACAUUGGGUAGGGUGGGAAAUAAAGAUGGGUGGUGGUGGGGCUGAUUGGGAUGAUGAAGUUAGGUCAUUGAGUAGUUCUGAACUGUCGGAAUGUGAUAUUUUACUUUCAAAGUCUUAAUUUACAAUGGUGGAACAUACUUUGCAAAGGGAUCUUCUGUGAUAUUGUGAUCCCAAAUCUCAGGAAUCCAAACAAAUCCAGACAGACAGGAGGAUGGGAUCAGCAUCUGUCUGGUCUCUUGUGAUAGAUUAACACUUUCACAGGCCAAAACUCACACAAGAUUAGUCUCUGUUCACACAAGAUUAGUCUCUGUUCACACAAGAUUAGUCUCUGCUCACACAAGAUUAGUCUCUGUUCACACAAGAUUAGUCUCUGUUCACACAAGAUUAGUCUCUGUUCACACAAGAUUAGUCUCUGUUCACACAAGAUUAGUCUCUGUUCACACAAGAUUAGUCUCUGUUCACACAAGAUUAGUCUCUGUUCACACAAGAUUAGUCUCUGUUCACACAAGAUUAGUCUCUGUUCACACAAGAUUAGUCUCUGUUCACACAAGAUUAGUCUCUGUUCACACAAGAUUUGUCUCUGCCCACACGAGAUUUGUCUCUGUGUUACAGAGAUCAUCUGUCUGCCAAAUUCCAUUGUGUUGUGACACCAUUCGGGAGACGGUGUUCUAGAAACCAGUUGGGUAACCUGUAAGAAACACUGGUGAGAAAAAGUCAUCCAUUAUGAAUGAUUCAGUCUCUAACUCUCAAAAACAAUUGAAAGGAAAAUUAUUCUGUACAUAAAAAAAAUUGUUUUGUCAAGAUGUAUUUGCUUAGUGAAUUACCAGUAGCCAAUAGGCCUAGACCUUUCCCAAACCAAGUAGACCAAUAUAACAGUAUCAAAUAUUUAACAGCAUAAGAUAUUUAUUUUACUGGGUGAGUUCUUUUUCAAUUCAGCGACAUCUACAUGAAUAAUGAAGUUACAUAUAUUGUUCAACAAAGCUUCUUUUUAUAUCGGCAUCAGUAUAUUAAGUCACACAUUGUUACACAAAGCCUCUCUCAUCCUGUUUGCUUAGCAUGACACUGUUCAAAUGCUGUUUGACAUCUAUGUACGUAUUGCACAAUUAAUUUAUUUGCAGAACAGUUGACUAAAACCUGGACAAGAAUAAGGUGUGUUCCAUUGUCAAUGAAAGGAGUUCUGUUCUGUUCUCAACUUCCACAACGAAAGGAGUUCUGUUCUGUUCCAUUGUCAAUGAAAGGAGUUCUGUUCUGUUCCAUUGUCAACGAAAGGAGUUCUGUUCUGUUCCAUUGUCAAUGAAAGGAGUUCUGUUCUGUUCUCAACUCCCACAACGACAGGAGUUCUGUUCUGUUCCUUUGUCAAUGAAAGGAGUUCUGUUCUGUUCCUUUGUCAACAAAAGGAGUUCUGUUCUGUUCUCAACUCCCACAACGACAGGAGUUGUGUUCUGUUCCUUUGUCAAUGAAAGGAGUUCUGUUCUGUUCUCAACUCCCACAACGACAGGAGUUCUGUUCUGUUCCAUUGUCAAUGAAAGGAGUUCUGUUCUGUUCUCAACUCCCACAACGACAGGAGUUCUGUUCUGUUCCAUUGUCAAUGAAAGGAGUUCUGUUCUGUUCUCAACUCCCACAACGACAGGAGUUGUGUUCUGUUCCUUUGUCAACGAAAGGAGUUCUGUUCUGUUCUCAACUCCCACAACGACAGGAGUUGUGUUCUGUUCCUUUGUCAAUGAAAGGAGUUCUGUUCUGUUCUCAACUCCCACAACGACAGGAGUUGUGUUCUGUUCCUUUGUCAAUGAAAGGAGUUCUGUUCUGUUCUCAACUCCCU